AUGUUCUACUACUGCUGCUGUCGCCAGCAGUUUGUGGUGAUCCUCGUCUGCCUGCUCUACAUCCUGCUCGUGCUCGCCUUCUUCGUCAAUGUCUUCGUCGCGGAUCGCAACAUGCACGCGAAUCUGAUGAUGAGGAACGGCCGGCACGGUGUCCAUGGCGGAGGUGUUGGAGUCGGAGUCCCUCCGCCGGCAGGCAUGCAUCCGGGUCACCACAAUCCGUACGACAUGCAUGGCUACAACCACUACAGUAACUACCAUCCGCAAGUGGAUCCCAAGCAGCAGCAGCAGGACAUGGCCAAGAAGACGCCUCAGCAGCAGGCCGAGCAGGACAUUUACUACUAUUUCAAUCACGUAUUCAGGCGGCGACGGCGAUGAUGGGGGUCACUCUCACCCCACCAACCAACCAACAACACCCAAAAUCUAAAUCUUUAGUGCAUUAACUUAUAUUACAUCCCCCUACAUACAUAGUUAUAUAUAUAUAUAAAUACUAUAUAUAGAAAAGCAGUGGAUUAUGUAUAAAGAGACGGGAAAUUAAUUGUAAAAUUAAUAGUAAUCCAACCAUGAACCAACAAUCCGAUAUUCAUAUUGUCGAAUAAACAGAGCCCCAGCAGAGUUACGAGAAAUCAACAAGAUGAGUCGAUUGUGUUUCAGCUAUGAAUCGGCCGAUAUAUGUCCGCGUAUCAUAUAUUUGCCUCGAUUCCAAUAUGAAAUUGAGCGACCAAGCUAACCCAGCCAAGUUUGCAUUUAUCUACAGCCCUUAAACGAAUCAAAUUUAUACAGAUAUUUAUUGAAGAGUAUACAAAAAGUUAAUCAGCUAAUCGUACGCUAUAGCUAAGCAAUCAUAUACAAAUAGACAACUAACUCUUCUAGCUAAAAUGCUUCAGCAUAACAAGUUAUGGAUAGCCAAAUUCCAAGGCAAACGUAUUCUAAUUUAAUUAGAAGUUCUCUAAAUACUAUUUAUGGGGCAAUAGCUAACCAAAAUUUCCCCCUCCCAGUUUUCUUAGGCUUUUUGAAAGCUAUUCGCAUUAGCCUACUUAGAUUCGGAUCCCUACAAUUUUGUCAAUUUAUCUGUGUAAAAGAGGUGGACAUGGGAAAUAUUGUUCUUGUUUUUUGGGGGGGAAAUUCAUGUUUUUAAUAUAUAUUUUUUUGUUAAGAGAAUAAUAAUAAUAUUGUUUGUUUCUAGUGUUAAAUUGAAGACGAUAAUAAGGAGAUAUUGUUUCGUUUCACAAAAUAUAUCCUUGAAAGUGCCUUUAAUUUGCUAACAAGUGUUUUUUAGAUAAAACCAAUUUACUAGGCUUAUCAAUAAUGCAUUAAAAAAUCAAUAAAAUAUACCUAUACUGUAACUUAUACAUCUUCAUACAAUAUGCAAAGAAUGGAGAACGAAUUUCAAACGCAAAUAUCGAAACAAUUUACAAACGGCAACUAAAAAUAAUUUAAUAUGUGAUUGGAGGAAUGUUUUUCUAUGGCAAGUCAAGCUAUAUAAUGUAUUAUUAACUUAACUUAAUCCACACUCACCACACCCAUACAUACAUAGCUAUAGACAACAAUUAUUAACAAAAUAUAUAGGCAUAAUGCAAUUUAAAAUGCUUCGAGUGGAAAAAUCACCUUACAAAAACAUGAAUUAAUCUAAACUUAUCCUGAAAUAGAAGCAGCGCCAAAGGCUUCGUUUUGUGAACGUGUUACAAAUAAAAUAAAAAUUAUAAAAA